AUGGCAGCUUGGAUCAUAUUUGCGCUUGCUUUUACUACCACUUUAUUAUCACAGGUGUUUGGUACGGGCGUUUUUGAGCUCCACUUGAACGAAUUUAAGAACCACAAGGGCUUGCUGGCGAGCGGGGACGCAUGCAAGCCCGCCAGCUGCAGAACACAUUUCACUAUUUGCCUGAAGAAUUACCAGGCCGUAGUGUCGCCCGGGGACUGCAUAUUUGGAAGCAGCGUCACUCCGGUGCUGGGGACCAACUCCUUCACGGCCAAGGACAGCAAGCCCGUUCAGAUCCCCUUCAACUUCGGAUGGCCGGGCUCGUUCUCAUUAAUUAUUGAAGCCUGGCAUUCACCGUAUGGGAGUCCUGCUGCAGACGCCUCGGACAUGUCUCUCCGCAUCAGCUUCUUUGCGGUCCAAAGGCAGCUCGCUGUGGGCUUAGACUGGACCCAGAACCACCAGCUCUGGAGGCACACGGAGCUGUCCUACUCGUACCGAUUCAUCUGCAACGACAGCUACUACGGCCCGAGCUGCUCAAAGAAGUGCAGCCCCCGCGACGACCGCUUUGGCCACUACACCUGCACGCGGGACGGCCAGCUCUCCUGCCUGCCCGGCUGGAAGGGAAAGUACUGCGAAGAACCGGUCUGUCUGGACGGCUGCAGCGAGCGGAAUGGGAACUGCUCCAGCCCCGGAGAGUGUGUCUGCAGAGAUGGCUGGCAGGGCGUGUUCUGUGACGAGUGUAAGAAGUAUCCUGCCUGUAAACACGGAACCUGUGACCUGCCCUGGCAAUGCAACUGUCAGGAAGGCUGGGGCGGCCUGCUCUGCGACCAAGACCUGAACUUCUGCACGCACCACCAGCCCUGUGUGAACGGAGCCACGUGCAUGAACAGUGGUCAGGGCAGCUACACCUGCACUUGUCUCCCAGGAUUCACGGGGAAGGACUGCGAGCUUCUGAUGCAAGAAUGUGACAGCCAGCCCUGCCGCAACGGAGGAGUCUGCACGAACCUGGAUGUGGGGUACUCAUGCGCCUGUCCAGCAGGGUUUGAUGGCUCCCACUGCGAGCUCAGCCAGCUCACGUGUGCAGACUCACCCUGUUUCCAUGGCGGCCGCUGCGGUCAGAGAGACGGUGGGCGGAGCUACAGGUGUGACUGCCCACGUAGCUUCACCGGACUCAACUGUGAGAAGAGGGUGGACAAGUGCACCUCGCUGCCCUGUGCCAACGGCGGCCAAUGCCUCAUCCACAACGGUGUGAGCACGUGUAGCUGUCGCGCCGGCUUCGCUGGGAUCCGCUGCGAGAUCAACGUCAACGAAUGUGCGGGGCAACCCUGUCUGAACGGCGGGACGUGCCAGGACCGCAUCAGCGACUACUCCUGCCUCUGCCCCUCUGGGUUCACGGGCCGAAACUGCGACCGUGCUGUCGACCGCUGCUCGGCCUCACGCCCCUGCCUCAACGGCGGCCUGUGCAGCAGCGCCAACGGAGCCGCGUCCACCUGCUCGUGCCCAGCGGGGGUCACCGGGCCGCGUUGUGAGUACUUCGCAGCAUUGGCCUCAUCCACGACCCAAGGGGAGUUCCAGUGGGCCGCGGUGUCUUUGGCGGUUGGGCUGGUGGCGUUGCUGGUUCUUCUGUGCAUGGUGGGGCUGGCGCUGAGGCACAUGUACCGCCAACGCCAGCGCAACACAGAAGACACGGACACAAUGAACAAUGUGUCCAACGUGCAGCAAAGGGAUAAUCUCAUACCGGCGUCGCAGCUGAAAAACACAAAUCAUAAACUGGGGCUUGAAGUGGAUUGUGACUCGGAGAAAUCCAACUUCAUUCAUAAAAACUACCACUUGGAUUCCUACAGCAGCUCAAAACAGAAGGAGUUUAAGGACGAAAACUCGGAAAAAAGUUUAAUAUAUGACAAGUGUUUAGAAGACAAAAGGACUUCAAGAAUUUACAGAGAAAAGCCGGAGUGUCGGAUAUCAACCAUAUGUUCCAACAGAGACUCGGUGUACCAGUCUGUGUUUGUGAUCGCGGAGGAGAGGCGGGAGUGCGUCAUCGCAACAGAGGUAUAA